AUGGAGACUGGCGAACAGCACGACAAACUGCCCGUUCCGCAACCGCUUGACCUGUUUGAUGACCCACGCGACUGGGUGGAGGAGAAAGCAACCGACGGCACCGUCACCUGGUUCAAUCCUCGCUUCAUGCUGGUGAGCCUCGUUCGUCCGCCCUCACACAAGGAAGGCGCUUCACCUUUCUGCCACUGGUUCUCCAUCGAGGCGCCGGGCAAGGGCCGUGGAUAUGUGCACAAGUUUACGCGCGAAGUUAUUUACCGCGACAUUACACAGGAGCGCAGCAUCCACGUUCCUGACAAACUGCCCGUUCCGCACCCGCUUGACCUGUUUGAUGACCCACGCGACUGGGUGGAGGAGAAAGCACCCGACGGCACCUGCGAGGCCACACGGCAGAUUGAGCUGCGCCCGAAAGCGUUUGACCUCGACGAAGCCGAGGAGUUUCGCAACAUGAACAUCCUCUUCAUGUGCUCCUUCAGGUCUGCAACGGACCAUUCCGACAACCACCUGGCAGAGACGAUGCGGCUGCAGGAGAAGUGGAUGAACUUCCUCCGCCCCGCGGCAUCGCGGCUGCGGUUCUUCCUGCCGUGGCCGAGCAAGCGCGGGGAGGGCGGCGCCACGGAAUACAUCGACGGGCAGCUCCGCUUCCCGCUGUGGGGCAUCAACACGGGCACAGAGUGCACCAUGUUCGUCACAGACCCGGAGGCGCGACGAACAUUCAGUUUCCGCGACUUUGAAGGCCUCAUGUUCCACCACAACGUCAUCACCCGCACAACAUACUACGAGCACAGCGUGCAGGGGGAGGGCCUGGACCACUGCUAUGACUGCAGCGCCGAGAUCUUCAUCCUCUCGCAAUGGAUCCGAUCAGCCAAUCCGGGGCUGGACGAGGAGGAGGUGCGACGGGAGGUGUCGAAGCUCUCGUAUGACAUCAGCAGAAUCAUCUCAAACGGCAGCAGAACACUCAAGGUCACAUGAGUCACAACCAGCAACGCACGCAAUGUUAUGUGAUGUGUGUGUGUGUGUGUGUGUGCGUGUGUGUGGUUGACCUUUGCUUCCCUCGCCCGGUACACAUGUGCGUGCAUUUCACGUGAGUUCAUUAAACGCAAGGACAACGCCAAA